ACCCAUAACACGCAUAUUCACACACACACACGCACACACACACGGUACAGAGGACAGAGAGCUGCUUGAGUGUGGAGAACAGCAGCUAUGUCGAAUGAGAUGAGCACUCCACUUCUUCUGGAUGAAGAGGACACAGUUGAGGCUGUAACUCCCAGCUCUUCCACUGUAGCCAUACUGGGUUCUGGAGACUUCUCACGCUCACUGGCUAUGCGUCUGGUGGCAUGUGGAUUUGGUGUGGCAGUGGGAAGUCGCUGUGUGAGGCGCAUCUCCCCUGGUCUAUUUCUGGAUGCCGUGGAGCUGAAUAGUCAGGAGGCUGCAGUAGCAAAAGCGAAGAGUCUGGUAUUCAUGGCCCUGUUUCCUGAACACUAUCCAUCCUUGCUGGGCCUCAGGUCAGCACUGGCUGGAAAGAUUCUCGUGGACGUGAGUAAUGCCUUGGAGAUGAGCAGCAAGACACCAUCUAAUGCAGAACAGCUUGCUGAUAUGUUCCCUGACAGUGCGGUUGUUAAAGGUUUUAACACAAUUUCUGCCUGGAGUCUGCAGACUGGUGCACAGGAUGGCAGCCGUCAGGUGCUGCUGUGCAGUGACAGUGCAGAAGCAAAGCAUGAGGUGGCCCAGCUUGCCCGGCGCAUGGGCUUUUACCCAGUAGAUGUUGGCAGCCUGCGCAGCGCGAAGGAUCUCGAAAGAAAGCCCUUACGUUUCUUCCCGUCGUGGCGUGGGCCUGUCCUCAUCACCUUCCUGCUUUUCCUUUUCUUCUACUGCUAUGGAUUUAUACGUGGGAUUCUUCUGCCAUACUUGUCCUGUGGACAAAACUCCUUUUACCGUAUGGUCCUGGAUCUAGUGAACGAAAGCCUUCCGUGCGUGGCGCUGGUCAGCCUUGCACUGGUGUAUCUACCAGGGCUGUUUGCAGCAUGGCUGCAGCUUUGGAGAGGCACUAAGUACCAGCGUUUUCCCAACUGGCUGGAUGCCUGGCUUCUGCAGAGGAAGCAGCUUGGCCUAAUGAGCUUCCUGUGUGCUGCUCUGCAUGGAGUGUACAGCCUCUGCAAUCCACUGCGUACCAUCACACAACACAGGCUCAUCAAUGAUGCUUACUCACAGGUGAAGUCAGGUGUGGAUGCGUGGGAUGAACAGGGUGUAUGGCGUACUGACCUCUAUGUGUCCAGUGGAGUGUUAGGCCUGGGGAUUCUCUCCCUGCUGGCUAUCACGUCUUUCCCUUCAGUGGGCAACAUUCUCACAUGGAGGGAGUUCACCUUUGUUCAGUCUGGACUGGGCUACACUGCUUUGACUCUCUGUGUCAUGCACACGUUGGUGUUUGGCUGGAAUUUUGCCUUCUCUUCCAAGGCCUACGCUUUCUAUAUGCCACCCAGCUACAUGCUAGCUGUGUUUUUGCCAUGCGCUGUCCUGGUGUGCCGAUGUUUCCUGCUGUUGCCGUGUAUUUCCACCAGGUUGGCACGCAUACGUCGGGGCUGGGAAAGCACACGCAAAUGCCCCGUGUCACAGCACCACCCAGUGCGGGUGAACAGGACAGUUUUACAGGUCUAGUUGGGGUACAGGUCAUGUGUCACUUAUGAUGCAUUUAUUGGUUUACAAAAUGUAAUAGUUUUAAUAUAUAUAUUCUUCUAUAAGGAUUACACAUUUUAGAUACUGUUGCCUUAUGGCAAUAUUUUUUUAAGAAAAGGGUUUUGGACAAAAGUUAAGGGUUGGGAAGAAUAAUGGUCUUUCACUAACCUUCAGAGACAGGGCACACUAGCAUAGCAAUUUAUUUAUUAACUUCGAAAUGGCAGUUCUGCAAUAUGCCAGUAUAAUUACAAACAUUUUAUAUCACAUAUAAUAUUAUCAAUUUGCUGUGACAGUAUAAAUUUAAAACUCUAGCCUCUAUUAAGAGUGUGCUAGUGGAAAUUUUUUAAAGACUUUUUUCCUUGUCAAUUGCAAGCCAGAGAAAACAGUAUUUCUGUAUUGGUUAGAUUGUGCAUUUAUCUUACCAAGCAUAAAAAAUGAGUUGUUUCCUCAACAAAUCUGCAAUUGCACCACUGAAGUAGUGUUUUAUGAAAUAACAUCCACUUGGAAAUUGGCACAUUGUAAAUAAAUUCAGGUUACUGUUCUUUUUACAUCUUUAUACCUAUAAUAGCAGCCACUGUCAGUCAUUCCACUGGGCCAUUAUCCUGUUGGCCUGCAGUAAACAUUUUAUCAGUGAGCAUAAUGACUUCCAAAAAUCUGCAUGAUAAGCUAGUUGUUAUACUUUGUCAAACCUUUAUACAGCAAUGAAAAGUCUCAUUAUCUAGUGAAGGUUCACCAUAACAGUUUUAUGAAAGGAAAUGUAUUCUAUAGCCCCUGAAAUAAAACGAACACAGGCACAGCUAAUUAAGAAAACGUGAAAUGCCAAAAGGACUUUGCUUUCGCAUUAAACACGUGUGAGCGUGUUAUCUGGCAUUUUCAGUAAGAAUGGGGGCACUAUAGAAAGCCUUCAACCAACUACCAUUAUACCAAAGUCUGGCAUAUUUCACAUUAUCAUUGUUUUGAUAAGCAAAAACUGGACCCAGACAUUACAUGAGAUUGAUUUUAUAUGCGCUAAACAAUAUGAUUUGAUAAAGGACCUUUUAACACUUUUAAAUGAUUGUAAUAUAAUUUUUUUUUUAUGUACCAAAAAACAAAAAACAGGCAAAAAUAUUUUAAAUGGGGUUUAUUUAAUAAGCAAUUUGUCACAUGCACAACUGAUUGAUAAGUAAUUAAAAGAAAACAAAUGGUAUUAAAAAUGUUAUGCAUGUAAUCACAUCCGUUUUUUUAUGCUGAUUAAAUUUUUUAAACAUUAAAGUUCAUGUAUUUCUCAGUGCAUACAUUCCUGUGAAAAUUGUGCAAGCGACAUGAAGAAAAAAAAAAACUCUAUAAAAUGAAACUUAUGUAACUUUAAAUCAUGUCUGUCUAAAAUAAAGUCUGCUGACAAAGUGACUGAAA